AUGUUUUUCACGCGUCUUGAGUAUUGUUCUCACUUCCCACCUUACGAAACCGGUUACACUUAUGUUGAGCGACUACCGCGAGGGAGACUUUGCUAUGUCCGCAAAAGACAUGGCUCUUACCGCACCAGAAGCUCAGACACCGUCGAAGUGUACGAAGAGGAGCCUGAGCGUGCGCCAUGUCGUUGCCGGAAUGACCCGACGAAACGGCCCAUUCGCUUCCACGAACAUCAUCAUGACCAUCACCAUUUCAUCCACCACGAAGGACCAUGCAGAGAUGAUGUUCGUUUGGAGAUAAGAGAAGGGCCGGAUGCAUCACACGGAUCCCCCGAGACACCCACGACACCGUGCCACACACCAAUUUCUCCUGUGAUUGAAGAACGCUGCCCACGACCGGAACCAACCUCUCCCCUCAUUGAGAUUCGGGAACCAAACCCGGCGAAAAUGAAGGUUUUCCAAGAGAGGGGGGCGGUGCGCAUAAAAAAGGUGCCCGUCGAAAAGGUUCGGUUAGAAAAAGUCCGCCUAGAAAAGGCACGAGGGUACGAGAGAUUCGUGAAAGUCAAACUGCCAAGUCGUCAUCCACGGCCCUCUCCUAUACCACCACUCGAAAAUCCUGUCUGGGAUGAAAAUUUGGGCGCAUAUGUUAUCAGGCGAACUCCACGAGUGCGAUUUGCCUGA